GGUUGUUCGUAGCUACGUUUGGGUGCUGCCGUGAAGCGGUUGGUCUGUAGGCCUUGGUGAUCCGCUUCGUGGUAGUGUGCCCUCAAUUACAAUGUCCGAUUCUGACAGUGAGACUUCGGUCAGCUACAACACGAUGUACACCGAACUAAAAGCGCGAAUAGUCGCACUUAAGGAAAAUAAAGCGUCGCGCCGCUGACCCGGGCGUAAUUUUGAACAAGCAGCAGCUGGCUGCCAUGGACCAGCUGAACGCCGUGAAGCUGCAGCUGACAACCAUUAAGAAGCUUAUGGACACGAAGCCUGACGUGCAGGCGGUCGACGGUCCACCGGCGAAGCGGGCCCGUGUUGCCCUUGAGGAUUUCAAAUGUGACUUCGGCGCCAGCGAGGGCAAAGCGAACAAGUCUCUCAGCGGACAGCGCGCGCAUAUCGAGAAAUGCUACAAUGCGGUAAUGGACAUUGAGGACGCGUGGCGCAACGUCCUCGCGGCUCGGCCCGGCGAGGAACGCUUCAGGAACAUCGAGGCCAUGGAGACUGCCAUCACCGACGGCAAGGCCGUGUUCCGGGGGGUCGCGAAGGAGCUGGUCGUUGCAUACAACCACGGCUGGGAGGUCGUGCAUGAGAUGCGUGGCAUGGCGUACGCGGAGACGGAGGAGGAGCGCAAGGCGCUGAAGCAGGCCGUGAAGGCGGUGGCGGGCAAGAAGCCCAAGCAGGCCAAACCCGCGAGCGUGCCGGCCGGCUCUGGCGCGGGGGCCGGGGUGAAGCAGGCGGCGGCGGCGGGUGUCUGUUUCAAGUGCAAUAAGCCUGGGCACUUCGCCAAAGAGUGCAAGGAGAAGUAACGGGGUGUAGUGUGGUGUGGGUGUGAGAGGUAAUUCACAGCCCGUGGGCCUGGGAAGGUCGUGGUGGUUUGGAGCCGACGCGGGUGUUAACUCGCGAGUCGGGGCCCGGAGAGGCCGGGGGCAGCAGCCCCGUGGUGUUUGGGAGCCGACACGAGUGUUAACUCGCGGGUCGGGGCCCGGAGAGGCCGGGGGCAGCAGCCCCGUGGUGUUUGGGAGCCGACACGAGUGUUAACUCGCGGGUCGGGGCCCGGAGAGGCCGGGGGCAGCGGCCCCAUAGCGUGGAAGCGUGUUGUUGACGUUCCUUGUGGCUGUAGCCUUGUGCGGGGUUGGGUGGCUAAGGGCACGGCCGCCCCCUCCGCGAUUAUUGAAGUUUCGUGGUAGUGUGCCCUCUCCCGGCCCUACCCUUUCACGAAGACGUUCUUUCCUUGCGUGCAGGUACUUGUUUGUAACGUAGUCUUCGCAUGAAAACUUUAAGGCUUUAAAGUUACUGCAUUCCCUUGCACGAAGUUGACGGAUUUAAGGCGGGCGUGCUC